AUGACUAAUCAAGAUAUCUUACAUAAUAAUACAUCUGGAAAUCAUAUUGUUGUUAUGAGGCGAGGACAUUUUUAUAAAUUUGAUGUUCUGGAUAAUCAAGGCAAUAUAUUAGAACCUCAGUUAUUAUUAUCCAAAAUUCAAUAUAUUUUAAAUGAUGAUAUUGCUCCAUCUAAUCAUCCAAUCGACAUUUUAACAACCACUGAACGUGAUAAUUGGGCUGAUUUAAGAAAUCAUCUUAUCAAGUUAGGAAAUGAAGAGUCGUUACGUAUAAUAGAUGAUAGUCUAAUUAUGAUUGCUCUUGAUGAUGAAAAACCUGGUUCAGAUCCAAUAUCUUGUGUUAAGCAAUAUCUGCAUUCUGACGGAAUCAACAGGUGGUUUGACAAGUCAUUUACAUUAAUAGUAUGUGCUGAUGGAACAUCAGGAUUAAAUUUUGAGCAUUCGUGGGGCGAUGGAGUUGCUGUGUUGAGAUAUUUUCAAGAUAUUUCUAAGGAUGCUACAGACUUUCCAAGAUGUCAUCCGGAAAAUUUAAAUCAAGUAUUGAUAUCAACAGAUACAUUAGGUGUGAAGAAAUUAGGUGAAUAA